CAGCCUCACCCUAUAGAUCUAUAGGGCCAGGGAGAUGCUGCUAACAUUAACCCAAAGAUGGGGGAACCUCAUCUUGGGAUUCCCAUUAGCAUGUCCCCCUCAGGCCCCAUAGAUCAGUAGCUCCUUCCCCAGUGCAGAUACCCCAGGGCAGGGAGGGCAUCCUGAACUCAUAGGGUGAUGUGGAGCAGCUGGGGUGUUUGGAGGGUGUGCUGGGGGGCUUUGGGGAGAUGCAGGGAUGCAGGCGAGGCAAGCAGGCCGCCUUCCCCCCCGCAGCGCGAGCGGGAGUGCGUGGGAAGGAGUUAGACAAAGCCUGAGCCCGGGAGCAGAGGCAAGCGCUGCCGGGAGGGAAACGGGGACGUUCUCCCCUCCCCGUCCACCCCCACCCUUGGGCGAGGGGUGCGCGGGAGCCCAUCUCCAUCCCUGCUGCUCUGGCACCUUGUCCCUGUCCCUCGGGCCGGCUGGGGUGCAGCCCCCUCCCAGUAAUGCUCGGGAGGGAAGCGACCGGCUCCAUCACCAGGGGUACCUGUGCCUCGACCCCCUCUCCGGCAGCCACAGCAGUGCCUGGAUCCCGCUCCCAGUCUGGCUGCGCCGGGGGAAAGCUGGCUUUUACGACCCGUGGUGGGACUAGCAUGGGAGAAGCCUUUCCCGGGUAUGGGCAGUGCUAAGGAGCCCGAGGGGCUGCAGCUGCUGAGCCACCAGCCCGGGGCUGAGGACGCCUGCGAGCCCAGCGCCAGCUCCCCCGGUUGCCCGCUGGCGGGUGAGUGCCUGCCUGGCUCUGGCUGUGGCACGGCGGGCCAUGCCAUGAGGACCUGCUGUGCGGUCAAGACAGAGGCCCAGGGCACCACGGCCAGCCUGGCAACAGAGAAGAAGGUGGCAUCACCGACAGGACCAGCUCCUGGCACACUUCUGGACACCAGUGUGGAGCUGAGUGUGGCAGCAGGGAGCUGCGGGGGACCAAGUGGCACUGCCCCUGCCUGCAGUCUCGCAGGGAUGGGGGGCCCUGGCACCCAGAAGGAAAACACGGCCCCCAUGCCCCCCCAACCUGAGCCCAGCCUGAAGGCACCCAGCAAGGACACUGGGAGCACAACGGCUCCUGCCAAACAUGUGGCGUUUGUGGAGCCUGUCGCGGGUGCCAAAGGAGAUGAGCUGCUAAGCCAAGAGCAGCCCCAGGGUGGCAUGGGGACGUCCCCAGGCGCUGUGCCCAAGCUGGGCGGUGAUGAGGAUCCCAAGCACUCCCAGGGGGGCACAGCAGAGCCCCCUGGUGCCGGCACUGCAGAGAGCGGGGGCCGAAGCGAGGCAGGGCCAAGCCCCGCUGCCCUGGGUCAGGGCAGAGCCGAGGGGAGCCCGGCGCAGGAUGUGGAUGCCGGGAGCAGCCAGCAGCCCCGGACAGCCAAGCUGCUCUGCGAGUCCUACUCCUUUGAGGUGACCCCGCCACAGGAUGCUGGGACGCAGGACAUGGGGACACAAGUGGACAACCGAGCGUCCCUGGUAUCAGUGGCCUUGAGCCCCAUGAGCCCCCCCAGCGGGGCUGCUGCCUUCACCUUCCCCAAGAGAGAGACGGGCUCCGCUGCCCCCCCACGCCUGGAGCCCUGCAAGAAGGAUGCAGAGAUGCAGGUGUCCAUGCCCGUGGAGACCCGCUCGGUAGCCACUGGGCCCAUGACACCGGUGGCCAAGUCCCCGCAGCCCUCGUACCCAGAGGUGCAUGUGAAGGGGACGGUGGCAGAGGAGGCUCCAGAGCCCAUCCGGGAGGUGAGCUGGGAUGAGAAGGGGAUGACGUGGGAGGUCUACGGGGCCUCCAUGGAGGUGGAGGUGCUGGGCAUGGCCAUCCAGAAGCACCUGGAGAAGCAGAUCGAGGAGCAUGGGCGGCAGGUGGUGAUGACCCCACAGAGCACCCGCACUGGCUCCAUCAAGGGAGCCCCCCGCAAAGGCGAGGCCAAGGGGCAGCCCAGCGUCUUUCGGGCUCUGCUGCAAAACGUCCGGCGGCCACGGUGCUGCUCCCGUGCCGGCCCUGCCAUGGAGUGAGCCACUGCCUGCACUGGUGGGGUAGGGGUGCCACAGGGAGGGGUCCCUGCUGUGGCAUCCUGAGACACCUGCUGCAGGUGUGCAGGGCUCCUGGGGCUGGUGUGGAUGGUAAUGGAGCACUGCAUGCAGGCACAAGGCGUCUCCUUUGCCAGGGGUCCCCUUGCCAGCCUGAGGUCGCCCCACCAGCCUGGCCCCAUGGAGAUGUCCACAGACACGAGUGCCACGCUUCUGUGCAUGGUGGCUUUUUUUAGCAUGAAGAAGCACGUGGCUCCUUCCAGACGGAGGUGGCUGCUCCUGGGGCAUCUCCUGCCCAUGACACAGGUCUGGUGAUGGCUCAGGGUGGCCACGGGCAAGUUGCUGCUGGCUCCUCUGAGCUCUGUCCUGGCUCAUGCUCUGGGCAGCAGUGUCGCUCCCCAUGCUGGAGGGAUGCUGGUGCAUCACAGUGCCACCACUUCACCAGCCCAGGGUUCGGCCGUGCUCCGACCAGCCCACGCUGUGCAUACGCAGGUCCCCAUGGCUGCCCAGGGUGGGGGCAUUCAGCCCAGCCCACCACAGCCCUGUCCCCUCUGCCCCGCUGUCGUGGGUGCCCUGGAGCUGGGGGGACAUGGCCACGCAGGGCACUGGCGCAGAUCUCAAAUGGGAGAGACUGGCCAACCACACCUGUGGUGAAGAGCCGCUUGUCCCCAUCAUCACUGUGGCUGGAGGCACUUGGGAAGUCUGUCCGCACAGCCUCCAGCCCUCCCUACCUGGGGACCUGCCUGGGGGUGGCCACCAGAGCUCAGGGCACAUCCUCGCAGUGCUGGCGGUGGGGAUGAAGCCUGACCUGCCAUCCAGCCUGCCCAGUGCCAGAGAGGUCCUGUGUGCUGGGGACGUGGGUGCAUGUCCCCAUGCAGGUCCCUCCAGCCCCACUGGCUGCUCUCCCCCACAGCAGCCGGGGCUGCGCAGGCUGCAAAGCGCUGCCACUUUUUACAGCUGGGGUUUUACAGGGCAGGGGGGAGGGGGGCUUUUACUGAACCGUGUUUGCAUUUUUGGAGCUUUUUAAGAGACACUUUCAGGUGUGCACAUCCUGCCUGGGGCCACCUCCUCCCCAGUGGCCUGUGGGGCUGUGACCCUCUUCUCAAACACCUUUCCUACAUUGCCUGCACCCCACUGUCCUAGAGAGCAUUGGCUGUGAGGGGUCGGUGUGCAGGGGGAGCUGAGCAUCCCUGUGGCCAGCAGCACCAUGGCAUCCCGCUGAGUUGUGGGUCCUUGCCCUGCGCAGAGGACCGGCCCCACAAAUGCCACAGCAAGGCGGGGCCCAGGUCUGUGCCGGCUCCUGAUGAGCAGGAGGCUGCAAAUGGGGGGUGCUUGGGGAGCUGCACCAUCUCGGCAGAGGUGCAGGAGGGCUGGAGGUGCUGGGGGCACUAGUGCAGCUGCUUCCCCUCUUGAAGACGCAAGUCUUGCCCUCCCAAACUGCUGUGGUACAUCCUGGGCUUAUUUUGGCCCGGCGUGGCUGUCUCUUGCCCUGGGGAGGGCUGCGAAGGACUCGCUGAAGUGCCAGCCCGCAGCCAGUGCCCGCUCUGUGCCGUGGUGCUUACUGGAGCCCGCUCUUCCCCGUGCUGUGGGCUGCAGGAGCAGUGCCAUGGCCAUGCAGGGAAGGCCAGGAGCCCUGGGGCAUCACUCUGUCCCAGGCUGUCCCCCACUCCAGCCCCGCGCUGUGGAGCGGCGGCACACCGGCACCGCAGAGCUGCGGCACACCGGCACCGCGGCUGCAUCACCUACUUUCUUCUUUUUGUUCCUCUUUUUUGGGGGGUUGUGGGGAGGAAGGGGGCGGGAGGACCAACCUGUCAAUGUGGAUGUUGGGUAAUAAAACCUUGUACAAACCUC